AGUAACGUAUUUCUCCCAAUUGAAAGUCGCCCGUCGCGUCGCGUAGGUUGUGUGCCUGUCCGUGAGAGAAAACGCAAACGGUCCGCGCCUUUAGCAGGGAAGCGAAAUUCAUCCUAAAACGUACAAGUCCACCGCGAGGAAAAGUCUCCGUGCGCCUUAUAUAGUUAUAAGGCGAAGGCUGUCGUCGUUGUUCCGUGAUAGAAAAUUUGGCAGCAGAAUUUCGUUUUCCACACCUAUUCAUCGAGGUGUGUGCUUGUGUGUGUGUGCGUGUAUGUGCGUUUGUCUGCAGUAGCGAGCGUGUGCAAAUUUUGAAGUGUGUUAUGAGCAUUGGCAAGGCAGGAGCAGCGAUAAUUAGGAGCGUUGCACUUAAACAGAAUAUCAGAAAUAUCUUCUAGCAGCUUCCAAGUGUGUGUGUGUGUGUGUGUAUGUGCGUGCCUGCUCGAAGAAAAGGGCGUACAUCUCUGUGUUAAAUCGAGAAAGCGGUAUAGUAAAAGCCAGCAAGAGCGAGCGUUCAGCAAAGGCAUAUACAAAAAUCGCCUCAAUUCAACCACAGCUAGCAGGAAAACAUCAGCUUUCGAAGCGAAACGGGGGGAUAAAACCAAUCAUACAUUCAAGUAGUUGCAAAACGAAGAGCUGCGAGCUGCGCUUUUGAUACUCAAAAAGUGUGUGAUUGUGUGAGAAAGUGCCGUACGUGAAGCGCUAAAUUGAAUUCGGAAAGGCAGGAGAAAGUUAAUCAUAAUCCUGUGUUUUAAAUUGUGAGCAACAAUUUCCACAACACAAACAUUUGUCCCGACAGCCAAGACAGGACGACAUGAACGGAUACACGGAUCUGCCCACAAACAUGGAAAACAGCCGGAAUUGCUUGCGACGAAUCGCCCGCCACGAUGACCAAGAAUUCUCUAACCAAAGCAUAUUGAAUGCGAUGGAAACGUUUGUCAAGACUGUCAACAUGAUGGAUGAAACGAUAUUGGUUCCCUGCAGAUUGAUGGAUCGAAAGGUUGGUGAUGCUACGGACACGGUACCGGUUGCACCAAAAGCACAACACCAUGGAGCACAUCAUGGAAAGAAAUCAAACCGUACUUCGAUACGCGAAGUCCUGAACACGGCGGAACUGUUUCAAAUUUACAACAUGUUGAAAAUAGUCAAAGUAGAUUUGCUUUGGGGACGCCAGGAUGCGGAAGAUAAUAUGGAAGAGUCGGUUGUUAUGGGUUCGACGAAAUCAACCUCGUCAAAGGUUAACAGCAAUAACACAGACACCAAUGUUACGAACAGCUCCGCCACAAGCAGCACUAGCAGUAACACAACCUCGGACGUGACCAUGAACACCAAUAACAGCACCGGAUCCUCAGUGGCCGGAAGUGAAAAAGUAGAAGCAAACAGCAGCAUCAGUCCUGCCACGACGACGGCGACAUCGGUGAAGGGCCAUAUUCGACGCCCGAGCACGGUAUCAGUAGCUUCCUCCAACUCGGCGAGUACGCUGAGCGAUUCCGACAGUGAAACGUCGGCGGAAAACGACUCAGGUAUCGAGUCGGAGGGCAAUCAAGAGCAGGAUCGUAGCGCUGAGCUUGCCAAACAGUUUCGCAUGCAUCUGAUCGGGCUGUACCGGUCGCUUGAACAGAUGAGUGAAGCAGCCAACUAUUUGACGGCUCGGUACCAGAGCGAUGUUGGGCCGGUUUAGACAGGGCCUUGCAUUUUCUGUUCGGGUUUGUAGCAGAUUGUCAGCUCACAUCCAAUAUUGAUAGUACACUAUUAAGCGAGAUUGUUGUUGGUUUCUCGUGACCAGAGAUGAGGUUCACAUUCCCGGCUGGAUCAUAUUCUGUACAUUUCUAAAGCAAUCAUCUGUGCUAUUCAAUUCAAUGACCUCAUAAUAAGGAAAACUCACUUGCAUUUGCUAAGAGGAUCCAUAAGCACGACGUGCAGUGUAAUUGAACAGCAGAUGUAAAAUAUCAUCUUUUAUGUAGGCAGAAUGAUCAUAUGUAUCAUGUGUAAUGGAUAAAGUGUGUGCGUGUAACAAUGAAAUUAAGAUCUUGCAAAUUGUUGACCAACCGGAUAUGAUGAUCUUUAGUGCCUGAUCAGCAACAAAAGAAAGGAAUGAGGUAUGCAAUAUGUCACAAAACUGAGGUGAUAGAUUUGAUGAAUGUAUGUUCGUUUUUUCGUAUGUGUGCGAUGUGUGUAUGUGAGGGAUUGGGUUAAGAAAGAGAAAGGACGUAUGUUUGGUUCAGGUGGAUUGGAUCAGAUAAAUCGAAGUGAGAAUUCAAAAUCUGUCGAUCAGUAUCGGAAGUAAAAACAAAAAUCACGAAAGCAUAUAAGUGCAAUCCCAGUAAUGCUGUUGCAUAGGCAAUGUUACUGCGUUUGCUAAAUUUUUCUUCGAAUCCUGUUUGAUAGAGUUCAUGUAGUGUUGUUUCUUUUCAUAAACUACCAUGUACCACACAUGCGUGCUUUGGUGAAACAAUCCUAAAUAGCGAUCUUCUCACGAAAAGGUUGCGUACUUGAGACUUUCUUUUCCAAGCUUUAUGUAUAUUAAAUUAUUUAUAGCUUCUGUAAAUUGUUUCCUUUGUGGCAAAAGAGUUGAUCAUAUUGGAAGUGCUAGAUAUUUGUGACCGGCGCUGAUUUGUUUGGGUGCAUGUUUUCGAAUACGUCAUUGAAUACACAUGCUUGGGUUGUGGGGACACAUUGAGGUAUAAGUUAUCCUUCGAACUGCAACAUACAUCUGCAAAACGGAUAGUAGGAUAGUCUGACUUUAUAUGUAGAGGUUUGCAUUAUCAGGUACUAUUUUAGGACGUUUUAGGAUUUUCGCAGUGAAGUCAUCAACGUCCUAGAUAGUAAGAUUGCCGAAUGAUUUGAAUUGAAUUCCUUGUAUGUACAACAAACUCGAGAGUAAAGGAAUAGUACUGCUCACAUCCCACACUUAUAGAAGCUGCAAAAAAUGGAAGGUGUUAAUUUGCAGAUAAUAAUUUAUUUAUUCCGGCUUAUUAAAUUGCCUAUCCCAGUUACAAAAUACUCUUUUCCAAUCACUAUUCGGAAUAUAAAACAAAUGUGAUGGUCAAUAAAAUAUGUAUGAUUUUUUUGUUCCAAUAUUCGAUAUACGAAAACGUCUAGAGCUUAGUACUGAGGAACCGAACUCCAUACAUGUUUUCCCGAGUCACUUUCCAAUGUGAACAGAAUUAUUCGCCCCUCAUGAGACUUGUUGCGAACAGCUAUCACAUGUUUUACAUUAAUCACAAUUAUCUCUUUUUCAUUUAUUCUACAUGAUUUUCAAACAUCCGUAGUUCGAAUUUCCAUCGAUUAUUCACAGAGAUUUGAACCCUGAAAGAUUUGAAGCAUAUUUUCAAAAUUAAUGUUACCGUUACUUGCAAAUUUAUUUCAAUUGCAAAGGAAAUGUUGACUAUAAUGUGUUGAAAUUCAUGUGGAAGAAAUAAAAGAAACUAUUGUGAUCGAAAUAAAAUAGGUGAUAGCUGUUGGAACAUAUCUCAUGCGCGACUAAUAAUGUUAUAGAAACGAGACCCAACAUUAUUGGAAAGCCUGUAAGAGCGGUCAGAAUAUUGCAAAAACCCUUAAAAUGGAUUUGUUCGUAAAGUGAACCAUAAAGACAGAACUCUACUCACGUAGCAAACCAGGCAGCCCCAAGCCCCCCGUCUUUCAUCGGUCCAGCAUUUGAUACACGAAAGCAUUUAACAAGUGAGACAAAAUUUAAAUUGUGUAACAAAAACCGAGCGCUCAGUGUACGCUAAAACACCUCAGGAUUUGUUUGCACCUUUCAUAUGCUUGUGCGUCAUGCAUAGAUGAUCGAUCGUUAGUGUAGUUUUCAUUAAUCCAAAUAAUUCAUUAUAGUUUUAUUCGUCUGUUUGUCUCUUCGCUAUCCGUAUGAUGGUAGAAUUGAGAAAGUUCACCAUAAAUACGUGUCACCGGAGACAUUCAGUAAAGGUGAUUUAAUCCAUAGAAUUAAACUAUAAUAUGUUUGUUUGAAUUUGGUCGUUGGGUCAAAUCGGGAUAUGGUUAAGUGAAGCAUAGAUAUGCGGUGAUGAGCUAUUUACUGAGACAAUGUUUCUGAAGGGGAGUUUUCCAAGGUUUCAAAUGUGUGUUAUGCUAAUUGGAUUUUUUUCUUCUGCAAAAUGCUUGAUGUGUUUCGCUGACUGGGAAGGUAUGCUUUUGAUGACGAUGGAAGUAUUCGAUUUUCAAUUGAUUGUUUUUACGCCCGUUUUGAAGAGAAGUUAGGUAUACGUGUGCUUUCUGCGAUUCACGGUUGCGCUAAACGGCAUACUGUAAUAUUACACAAGCGUUUAUCCGAGGAAAGAAAUUGUUUCUUUCCAUUCGUGGCUUAAAGUAGCGCCAAAAAGAUAAGAAAUCAUUCCGUUAAGAAUUAUUAAAGAAAACAAUACGUUUAGAGCACAACAAAAAUAAUUGAACAGAACCAAUGAACUAAAAAGAAAAAUAUUAAAAAAGCAAUGUAUUAAAUUGUUUACAUUUGAUGAAUUGGGACAAAACUAAAGGGAAAGACCGUGAUAAGAUGGUGAUAAGGGGGAAAAAAGUUAGAAAAUGGAUAACACAGCAAUGUAAAGAAAGGGACAGAAGCGAGCAAAUAAAUUUGAAUCAUCUUAGUGCAAAACAACAUUAUCAAAAGCUAGGUAGUGUUCGUGGCUGAGAUGGCACAACUGUAGAGCGACAUAUUAUCUUUAAAAUCAAUAUCUUGUAGGCUUGUAAUUUUUGCCUAAAUUGCCUUCAAUUGGUUCAGGUUCGUUCGUUGCCAGAAGAAUGGGCUUUGAGUCCGGCUUUUAUAUGGAAGAAAACUUCUCGGGCAACGUUAAAACAAGCAUGUAUCGCAAGAGCAAAAAAACUGAUGAACACAAAACCACAAUUGGCUGAAAAGAGUGUUAAGGUAAUCGAACGUAAAUUCCAAGCAAAGCAAACGACUGCAAACCGAUGUUAUUGACAGCGCGAUCACGAUGAUCACAAAACGCCGACAAUGUAAGUCAAAUCGUGUAAAGAUUGUUAGUCUAUCUUAAUGAAAAAAUGUAGACUAGUGAAAAGAAUCUGAAAUGAAAUGGAAAAAUAAAACGUGACAUAGUGAAACAUA